UCAUAGCGCCGUUCCUGUGUAGAUCUGUCCGUAUCGUCGUCGCUCGUAUAAGAGACGGAGAGACAACACCACACUAGCGUUCCCGAUAUCUUCAACACAGGGUGAGAUCGCGAGAACUGCGACCGCAAGCGUCCCGACUCAUAGAGGUUCACACAUCAGAACCAACAAGCACUCCGAGACAAAACCCUUGCUCCAUCCCACACACUCACAGUUACAGUGACACUCACACCCACUCCAACACCCUCCUCCCCAAAAUGACGACCGACCUCGCCCUCUCGUCGAGUUCUGCGCCUCUGGCUGACGCAACAGUGAAGAAGGCCGCUGUUGCUGCUGCCGCUGCUCCUGCUGCCGCCGCUCCUGUAGCCAACGGCAACCACUUUGAGUACGUCAACGACGUCCAUAUCACGGGCUACGAGCCCCUCAUCUCGCCCGCCCUGCUGCUCCACGACACGCCCGUGACCAAUGCUUCUCGCGAGACAAUUGCGCGCGCCCGCGGUGAGGCCUCGGCCGUGGUCAAUGGCAAGUCGGACCGGCUGCUCGUCGUCGUGGGCCCCUGCUCGAUCCACAACGUCGAGGCGGCGCUCGAGUACGGUGCGCGACUCAAGGCACUGAUUGCCAAGCUGCCGAACCUCGUCGUCAUCAUGCGGGCCUACUUUGAGAAGCCGCGCACGACCGUCGGCUGGAAGGGCCUCAUCAACGACCCCGACAUUGACGGCUCGUUCCAGAUCAACCGCGGGCUCAAGCUUGCGCGCAACCUCCUCGUCCAGCUCACUUCGCAGGGCAUCCCCGUCGCCUGCGAGGUCCUCGACACCAUCUCGCCCCAGUACACGUCGGACCUGUACUCGUGGGGUGCCAUUGGUGCUCGCACCACCGAGUCGCAGCUCCACCGCGAGCUCGUCUCGGGUCUCUCGAUGCCGAUUGGCUUCAAGAAUGGCACCGACGGGGGGCUCACCGUCGCCAUUGAUGCGAUCCGCGCCUCGUCAAAGCCGCACGCCUUCAUGGGCGUCACUGCCCAGGGUCUGGCAGCCAUUGUCAAGACGACGGGCAACAGCGACCUCCACGUCGUCCACCGCGGCGGCAACGGCUCGACCAACUACGACGCGGCGAGCAUCGCACACAGCCGCGCCGAGCUGACCAAGGCCAUCCCCCAGCGGCACCCCAGCAUCAUGGUUGACUGCUCCCACGGCAACAGCCAAAAGGACUUCCGCAAGCAGGCCCUCGGCGUCGCCAGCGUCUGCGAGCAGCUCAGCGCCGGCGAGACGGCCAUCACGGGCGUCAUGAUCGAGAGCAACCUCGUCGAGGGCAAGCAGUCGGAGCCCAAGGCUGGCUUCUCGACUGCCGCCGACCUCGUCUAUGGCCAGAGCAUCACCGACGGCUGCGUCUCGUGGGAGACGACCGUCGAGCUCCUGACGAAGCUCAACAACGCUGUCGCUGCUCGGCGGCACCACCACGCGUCGUCGCUCAACGGCAGCGCCUAGUCUUGUCUUUUUCUCUGCUCCACUAGCUUUUCACUUUGUAUCACUUUUCUUCUCGCCUUGACAGCCUUGACACCAUGGACAAUUUGAUCGUCGUCUCAGCACACA